CGAAAACCGAGCGCAUCAUCAGCUUAUCAAACAAUUGAAGUUAACUCCUAAUUCAUACAACCUCGUCUUAAGUACACACAUACCAGCGCGCUGUAUGAAAAAUCAUGUGACAGACCGCAACUAUAUCGCUCAUUACAACAGCUGCCUUCCAAGGUGUGGUGAUUUAAAAAAACAGUGCUCCAAUUUUUUAGUGUUAAGGACUGUCAAAUAAAACCUCCUCAAGAUGGGGAGUAUGUUUAGAAGUGAGGAAAUGGUCCUCGCCCAACUUUUCGUCCAACCAGAGGCUUCGUAUUACGCUAUUUCCGAAUUGGGUGAAACUGGAUGUGUACAGUUUAGAGAUUUAAAUGAAGAAGUGAAUGCUUUCCAAAGGAAGUUCGUCAACGAAGUGAGGAGAUGCGAUGAAAUGGAAAGGAAAUUAAGAUAUAUUGAAGCAGAAGUAAGGAAGGAUGACGUUAACAUUCCCGAUGUUAGUGAGUUACCAAAAGCACCCAAUCCACGUGAAAUUAUAGAUUUAGAGGCUCACCUCGAAAAAACCGAAGGUGAUAUCAAAGAGCUUUCAGAAAGCGCAGUCAACCUCAAGUCCAACUACCUGGAACUGACCGAGCUCAAACACGUUCUGGAAAAGACACAGGCGUUUUUCAACGAGCAAGACGAAGCCAAUGGACUCUCGGACUCAGUCCACAAAUCACUUAUACCUGCUGAAGAUCACAAUGCUUCCAUUAGAGGCCGUCUAGGCUUCGUAGCUGGAGUAAUCAAUAGAGAAAGAGUUCCUGCCUUUGAGAGAAUGUUAUGGCGUAUUUCUAGAGGAAAUGUUUUUCUGAGGCAAGCUGAAAUCGAGACACCCAUGGAAGAUCCCGCAACGGGAAUCGCAUACCAUAAGACCGUCUUUGCAGCAUUCUUUCAAGGAGAACAAUUAAAAACAAGGAUCAAGAAAGUGUGUGCUGGCUUUCACGCUUCGCUCUACCCUUGUCCAAACACGAUCACUGAAAGAAAUGAUAUGCUUAAAGGAGUUCGUACUCGUCUUGAGGAUCUUAACUUGGUGCUAAAUCAAACCAGAGAUCAUCGUCAACGAGUGCUGGUCAGCGUAGCCAAGGAAUUACAAAACUGGAGUAUAAUGGUGAGCAAAAUGAAGGCUAUAUACCACACUUUGAACUUCUUCAACAUGGAUGUCACCAAGAAAUGUUUAAUAGGCGAAUGUUGGGUACCAAGUAACGACAUCCCUGUAGUCCAGAAGGCUUUAGCUGAUGGAUCUAGUGCUUGCGGAAGCUCAAUCCCUUCGUUCCUUAACGUCAUCAACACUCACGAAGCACCCCCAACUUUCAACAGAACUAACAAAUUCACCAGAGGCUUCCAAAACUUGAUAGAUUCCUAUGGUGUCGCCUCCUACAGAGAAAUCAAUCCAGCCUUGUACACGAUUAUCACGUUCCCCUUCUUAUUCGCUGUGAUGUUUGGGGAUUGUGGCCAUGCCGUAAUUAUGUUCCUGUUUGGUUUGUACUUGGUAUUAUCGGAAAAGAAGAUCAUGGCUAUGAAAAAUAAAAGCGAAAUAUUUGUGAUAUUUUUCGGAGGAAGGUACAUCAUUUUGCUGAUGGGUAUCUUCUCCUUCUACACCGGCUUUGUUUACAAUGAUAUAUUUUCCAAAUCCAUGAAUAUAUUUGGUUCGAAGUGGUAUGUGAAUAUUACCAAUAUAAGCACCGAAUUACACGAAGAAAUCGACUUUUUACCUAAGAAGAACUAUAUGGGCACACCGUACUAUAUUGGGCUUGAUCCUGUUUGGCAGUCGGCUAAAAAUAAAAUUAUCUUCCUGAAUUCCUUAAAAAUGAAAAUGUCCAUCAUCUUGGGAAUAGUGCACAUGUUGUUCGGAGUAAUCUGCAGCACAUUCAACUUUGUACAUUUUAAAAAGUACUACAGCAUCGUUUUUGAGUUCAUACCGCAAAUACUUUUGCUAUUAUUCCUCUUCAUGUACAUGGUUAUAAUGAUGUUCAUGAAAUGGAUCUGGUAUUCUGGAGAAAACGAUGGAUGGCUUAAUGGACAAAAUGAUCCAGUCGCUAAGGACGGUUCGUCUUGUGCCCCUUCUGUGCUGAUUUACUUCAUCAACAUGAUGUUGUUCUCGCCAAGCACUGCCGGAAGAGGUUGCGAUAUAUACAUGUACGAUGGACAACGUGAAGUUCAAAUGGGCUUAGUUCUUUGUGCAUUGGUUUGCAUCCCGUUCAUGUUGCUCGGAAAACCAUUGUACAUAAUGCGUCAACGUAAGAAGCAGGCCAAAAAUGGAAGCGUACAACUGGUCAGUAACAAUAAAACAAAUGGAGACGUAAACCUUGGAAUGGAACUGGAGGAGAUCGAAAACAACCUUCAAGGCGUUGCUGAGGCAGCUGCUCAUUCACAUCACGAAAAAGAAGAAGAGGAGGAACCUAUGAGUGAAAUUUUCAUUCACUCAGCUAUCCAUACUAUUGAAUACACACUCAGUACAAUUUCUCACACCGCUUCGUAUUUGCGUUUGUGGGCCUUGUCCCUUGCACAUGCGCAAUUAUCGGAAGUAUUAUGGACCAUGUUGUUCUCAAAGAUUGCUUUGAGAAGAGAAGGAUUCAUAGGAGUGCCAAUGAUCUUCAUUCUAUUUGCCGCAUGGGCCUUCUUCACCGUCGCCAUCUUGGUACUCAUGGAAGGUUUAUCGGCCUUCUUGCAUACGCUUCGUCUGCAUUGGGUAGAGUUCAUGAGCAAGUUCUACUCUGGUGUGGGAUAUAUUUUUGAACCGUUCAGUUUUAAGAGGAUACUGGAACAAGAGGCAGGAGAAGAGGAGUGAAGCAAUAGCUAGUGUUUUGUUUUAGACGAAUUAAAAUAAAAAAUAUAUAAUGUAGCGUUAUAAAUAAAACUAAUUUUUGAUUUUUGUUGUUCAAUAAUAAAAAAAGCAAUGUAUAGUUUUAAUUUGUUUUCCAAAUUAAAUACUUUUUAUUCACCUG